AAAAAAAAAAGAAAAAAAAAAGAGGGAGAAGGAGAGAAGAGAAUGAAUCACUUCCCCUUUCUGUGCAGCUUGUCAGUCACAGGAUUUGGCUACUAGGGCUGCAGGCUAUUUGAAUGUUUGGAGCAUAGGAGGGUUUGCGUGAGUCGCGCCGGCUGCCUCUCCCUUAUUGACGACCUCGGUUUCUCUCUAGGAUGCUUCAAACGCUGAGCGACUGGUUUUGGUGGGACAGAAUCUGGCUGCCGUGUAAUUACACCUGGGAUGACUUGGAAAACAGCGAAGGCAAUGGCUAUGUAUCCCCGUCCCAGCUAUAUAUCACCAUACCUCUGGCUUUAUUCUUCAUGCUCCUCAGAUUCGCCUUCGAGAGAGUUGUUGCCACACCUGUGGCCAGAGCCAUGGGGAUAAAGAGCAAAGUCCGACUAAAAGCUUCAGUAAAUCCGGUCUUGGAAACCUACUACAUCUCAUGCUCCAAGCACCCAUCUCAAACAGAUGUAUACGGCCUGGCUAAAAAGAUUAGUCGUACACCACUCCAGGUAGAACACUGGUUUAGAAGAAGACGGAAUCAGGACCGGCCUGCUUUGAUGAAAAAGUUCCAGGAAUCCUGCUGGCGAUUCACCUUUUAUCUUGGUGCUUUGGUUGGAGGAAUUGCAGUGCUGUAUGAUAAACCAUGGUUCCACGAUGUGUGGGAAGUGUGGGUGGGAUACCCAAAACAGGAAGUGCUCAAUUCCCAAUACUGGUACUAUGUGCUGGAGCUGAGCUUCUACUGGGCAUUGCUGUUCAGCAUGGCUUCUGAUGUUAGAAGGAAGGAUUUUAUGGUACAAGUUGUUCACCACCUGGCUACCAUAUUUCUCUUGAAUUUCUCCUGGAGUGUUAAGUACAUCCGUGUGGGCACACUCACAUUGCUGGUGCAUGAUGUUUCCGACAUUCUUCUGGAGGCUGCCAAAAUGUGUAGUUAUGCUGACUGGAAGCGAGCCUGCAAUUUCUUGUUUGUCUUAUUUGCAGUAGUCUUUAUCAUCAGCCGGCUUAUCAUUUUCCCAUUCUGGAUUAUCUAUGCCACAGUGGUGUACCCACUGUAUUAUUGCCCACGAUUCUUCCUCUACUAUUUCUUCAACAUGCUUAUGUUUGUGCUUCAGUUUCUCCACAUAUACUGGACGUACCUUAUAUUCCGCAUGGUCAAAAAAGUUAUUACAGGAAAUAUGUCAGGUGAUGACCGCAGUGACAAAGAGGAAGAGGACAGUGAUGAAAGUGAGAACCAACCGUUGACCAAUGGGGAUGACAAGCAGUGCUUGGUGAAUGGCCAGCGUGACGGUUAGCACAUAAACUUGCUACAAGCAAAAGCCCCCACUCACUAAUGGAGAGAGCUAAACAAGACCUUAAAUAUCCGCACUUGGCUCAAGCCUAACAUCCAGCUGCACGGCCAGGGGAAUGAACACUCAGCUGGAGUUGGUCCCCCUUUAGGGAUCUUAUUGUGUCUCAAACACUAGCUCUUUUCAAUUUCUAUCAUCAAAUAAAAGGACUUUAACUUCUUGUUGAAAGGAGGCAAAAAAACAAUGCAACCCUUUGUUCUGUCAGAGAAGUCCUAAACUAAGUGCUGCAGUAUCAUCUGGCAGUGCUAAGGGUUAAUGAAUUGGUAUUAAAGGGGUGCAGCCAGGUCUGCAAGACAAACUCUAAAGAAGACAAUGGUGCCCAGGGUGAAGGACGUAGCCAGAUUGCAGUGAUCACUCAGGCUGUCCAGCCCAUCAGAUACCUACAUUGUUCUAAAGAAUGAAAGAGUUAACCUAGUGUACGAAAAUAACAUUAAAAAGGCGUUCGUAGGAUUAACCUAAGCCAUCCAAUGCCCUCAUAUUCUGCAGAUGAGAUCUUACAGUUACAGAUGAGAAGAGACUCUCACACAACCUGCUCCCCUACCAGAAUUAGACCUGGAUGCUCCCCCUGGCAAAGAAGAAAUAAUCACCACUGUGCCUGCCUUAUAAAAACAGAGGAUAUAAAUGGUUUUGUUAUUAAAGCCAAUGAAAUCCAUCAUUCCCUUCACUCAUUAAUAACAGAGCUUACAUACAGUUUUUUGUUUCUUCUAUUAAACAACUUCUGCUAGCUAUCAAAGAAUAGCACUCAUAUAGUUUACGAAGUAAUUGUAAACUGAAACCUCCUAAGCAAGUUAACAUUAGAAAUCUUUGAUUGCUUUCAACCAGCUACAGUUUAGGAUAAGUCAUGUUAUACUUUUUUUUUUUUUUUUUAAAGUAACAUAUUCUUAAAAUGAACAUAAGCAUUUAGUGUGUGUGUGUAUGUAUAUGUGUAUAUAAAUAUAUAGACAUAUAUAGACAUCAGAGAGGUUUCGACAGCUGGAUAGUUUACUUUGAUUUUAUUUGAACAUGAGGAAUGAAUUAAUUUUGUUUAGUAUUUGGGAACCCAUAGAUACAUAUGUGGUGAAAACCGUCAGUCAGGAUUCUAUUCUGAACUUUAGAUGGAACGAGCAGUUGCCAGGACUGUCAUCUCUGAUUGUCUUCUGGAAAUAAAACAUGCAAAGUAUGUAACGAUUUUUAAUGAAUGUUUGACCUGGUCCUCCAUUACUUUCCACACUAAUUCACUUUCAUUUUUUAUUCAUGUAAAAAUGUAAUUAAAACACAAUUACAGCCAUAA